GAAGUAUUUCCGCCGGAAGUGUUAGUGUUGUUGCUGCUGACAAUAAUGUCGCCUCGUGUUUGACAGGUGUUACUUGUGAGCCUUUGAGCUUGGCACCAGCUGUGAUACAUAUCUUCCAGUUAUACCUCUGUGUCUACUGAGGUGCAGCCCAUAAAUACUAAUACAGCAUGUCCUCCCAGGAAGAUGGGGAUGCAGAGCUGGGCUCGUGCACAUCCACCACUUCCUCCACUGAGAAUGAUGCCACCCCUGGGGAUGUCAUCUCUGUCACUAUUGGAGCAACUGUGCCUACAGGGUUUGAGCACACUGCUGCAGAAGAGGUCAAGGAGAAAAUUGGGGUUGAUGCACGAAUCAGCAAAGAUCGUGGUCGCAUAUACUUUCCAAUAACCACUGACAAGCUUUUCCAGAUCCAUCGUCUGAAGUCUGUGGACAACCUGUUUGUUGUGGUUAAAGAAUAUGAUCUAUACCAGUUCAAAGAAUCAAAGGAGGAGACAUUGAUGGAGAUGGAGCAGCUUGCCUCCGAACUCCCCUGGACUAAUGCCUUAGAGGUUUGGAAACUAAAUGGCACCCUUAAAAAGAAGAAAGGCUACCGGAAAAAAGGAAAUGGCCCCAAAGUAAAACUUAGUCGUGAAGCUACUGAUGCAGCUGUGGCCGACACUGAGCAGCAAGAGCUACCGCAGACUGAUACCGCUGCUGACGACCAGCCGGAGGCGGAGAGCACGGCCGACACUGAGCAGCAAGAGCUACCGCAGACUGAUACCGCUGCCGACGACCAGCCGGAGGCGGAGAGCAUGGCCGACACUGAGCAGCAAGAGCUACCGCAGACUGAUACCGCUGCUGACCACCAGCCGGAGGCGGAGAGCACGGCCGACACUGAGACCCACACGCAGGACUCAGAUGAGGCAGCACCCAAGGACAAAGUCAUCAAGUUUCGUGUGACCUGCAACAGGGCUGGUGACAAACACAGCUUUUCCUCUAAUGAGGCAGCCAGAUCCUUUGGUGGGGCCGUGCAAGAUUUCUUCCUGUGGAAAGCAGAUAUGACAAAGUUCGACUUGUAGGUGUUACUAAACAUACACAAGGUAGAGAUGGUGAUCGGCAUUGCACUCACAGAAGAGAGUCUUCACCGGAGAAACAUCAGCCACUUUGGACCCACUACUCUGCGGUCUACUUUGUGCUAUGGCAUGCUCAGGCUGUGUAAUCCUCAGCCAUCAGAUAUAAUCCUGGAUCCAAUGUGCGGGACCGGAGCUAUACCGCUGGAGGGGGCCAUUGAAUUUAACAGUUCUUUCUACGUCGCCGGUGACAACAAUUCCAUGGCAGUUAACCGCACGGUCAAUAAUAUACGUCACAUCCAGAAACGGAGGGAAGGCAAGGGCAGUGCACCUGGAUUGCCCAUUGACACAGUGCAUUGGGAUCUGUGCAAUUUACCCAUGAGGACCGGCACUGUUGACAUUAUCAUCACUGAUAUGCCCUUUGGGAAGAGAAUCGGCUCUAGGAAGAAGAACUGGCAGCUGUACCCGUCCUGUCUGAGAGAAAUGGCCCGUGUGUGCACACCAGGCUCAGGAAAGGCUGUCCUGUUGACGCAGGACAAGAAAUGCUUUUCCAAGGCUAUCUCGAGGAUGGGAGGACUGUGGGGGAAGCUGUUCACCGUUUGGGUCAAUGUCGGGGGUUUACAUGCUGGAGUCUACCUCCUCAAGCGGACCGAAGCCGUGUUUGGCCAAACUCCGGAGGAUGUCUAUGAAUCACGAGGAACGGUUAAAGCACAGGAAGAUGAGAAGACUGACGAGGAGCUCUCUUAAUUCACAUCCUGCAUUUUAAGUUUUGGAUUUAUAUUUUAGGCCAUGUAGGAUCAACAUUAUUAUUUUAUGUCCACUUUACAGGAGCUGCCGUUUCGUUCUGGUUAAUAAAGAUUCAAACAAAAAUGUCA